GAGACCCAAAAUGGACUUUCUGGGCUCUGCUGUCUCUGCAGCUUCCCCACCACUUCCCUAUAUGCUAAGUUCCAUUAGUCUGAACAAAUGGCUGCUAGUGUAUUUUCGGGCUCAUGAUGUUGGGGAAAAUGUGGCAAAUUGAGUUGCCAUGUGAGGCAGGGCCAAAGAAGACAUUGUGCAGGCAAAGGAUAAGCAGGCAGAUCAUAACAGCAUUACAAAGCAGCCAAGAAAGGAGAACCUCAAAUCAGAGACUGUGAGCUGGAACACCAUUACAUUUGUAGCGCCACACAAACAGGUUCACCUUCUCACAUAUAAUGGAAAGAUCACUAUGCAGAGGUGCCAUGUUAAAACCUCUACUGUGCCACUGGACAAUAUAGUACUGAAGGCCCCUGCUGAUGUGUCCUCUUUAUCACUUCAGUGGAAGAAUAAACCACGCUGUCGUUUUGAAGAGUGUGCACUCAGGUUUCUCUUUAAAACUCCGCCUCAUUUUCAGUUAGUAAAAACACAUUUUAGUUUUCAUUUCCUCACAAGUCACUUCCUUGUUUUUCAGACUGGUUCCCUUCUCUGACUGACAAUGGCCAAAGCCCAGCUCUGUGGAUUACAGGACGAGAUCACCUGCUCGGUGUGUCUGGACAUCCUGACUGAUCCUGUGUCACUACAUUGUGGUCACAGUUUCUGUCUGAAGUGCCUCAACAACUACUGGGAUCAGAGCCAAGAGUGCAGCUGUCCUCAGUGCAGACACACCUUCACUAUAAGGCCUGAACUUUACAUAAACACUGUGCUGAAUGAAGUCGUCAAAAAAUCAAAGAAGACAGGACUCGGUCCUCUUCCAUCUCAGAGUUAUGUCGGCCCUGGUGAUGUGGAGUGUGACGCCUGUACUGAGAAGAAGUUCAGAGCGGUGAAGUCCUGUCUGACCUGCACGGCCUCUUUCUGUCAGACUCACCUGCAGCCUCACUUUGAAAUAGCAGCCUGGAAGCAUCAUAAACUGGUUGAUCCUGAUGGAAAUCUAAAGGAGAAACUCUGUGCAAAACAUCAAAAAUGUCUUGAAGUAUUUUGUAAAACUGAUGAGAUAUGCAUCUGUGCAAAGUGUGUUGUGACUGAACAUAAUGGUCAUAAAAUGGUGGAGCUGGAGACGGAAAGAGAAGAAAAACAGAAUGAGCUGGGGGCGACACUUAGUGACAUCAAUGAGAGACUUCAGGAGAAAGAAAAGACACUGAAGGAGAAGAUGAGGGCAAUGCUGCAAAUGAACAGUUCCACAGAAAGUGAAGUACAAAAAAAUGAAAAGAGCUUCACUGAUCUGAUUUACUGCAUUGAGGAAAUCAACAGGAAAGUGACUGAGAGAAUCAGAGAGCAAGAGAAGAGAGAUACAGAGAAGGCAGAAGGAGUCAUAGAACAACUAGAGAUGGAGAUUGAGGAGCUGAAGAAGAGGCACGCUGAGCUGAAGGAGCUUUCAGACACCAAAGACCACAUCCACUUCUUGCAGACUUUCUCGUCUCUUUGUGUUCUUCCUGCUGAUGGAGACUCACUCAGCUUCACUGUCACUGCUGAUUUCUCUUCUGAGUGCCUGAGAAAGGAGCUGUCAUGUCUGAAAAAGAGUCUGGAGAAGAUCAGCCAGUGGGGCAUUGUGACCUUCACUCCGUCAGGUAGUGAAGCUCCAAUGUUCAUCAUUCAGCCUCCAGAACCUCAAAGCAGAGAUGAGUUUUUACGAUACUUUUGUCCACUCACACUGGACAUCAACACGGCACACACAGAGCUCCGUCUCUCUGAAGGGAACAAGAAGGUGACACGUAGGAAGAAAAAGGUUCACUAUUCUGAUCAUCCUCUCAGGUUUGACUGGUGGGAACAAGUUCUGUGCAGAGAGGCUCUUACUGGGACUCGCAGUUACUGGGAGGUGGAGUGCAGUGGAGAUGAGAUGGCGAUAGGAGUCGCAUAUGAAGGACUGGGCAGGAAAGGAAAGGGCAAGGAGUGCGGCCUUGGAUUGAAUGACAAGUCCUGGAGUCUGUGCUGUUCUAAUUCUCAAUACUCUGUGUGUUAUAAUAAAAAGGAGACUGUAAUCAGCGCCCCCUACAGCAACAGAAUAGGUGUGUAUCUGGACUGUCCUGCUGGCUCUUUGUCAUUUUAUAGUGUGUCACACUCAAUGACCCUCCUGCACAGGUUCAACACCUUCAUCACCAAGCCACUUUAUGCAGGGUUUUUGCUUUGUCGGGACUCCAGUGUUACCAUCUGCCAUCUGACCAGUCACCACUGAGCAUAUCCUGCACUGGUCACUUGAUGGCUCCACAAAUCGAAGUCCUCUUUUUUAUAUUAGUAGUUUUGAUUCAAUACACAUUUGAAUUUGGAGAUUAAAAAAAAGUAGGGAGGGAGCUGCCAUUGCGUUUUUGAUUUUUGUUUUAAAUUUUUCAGUCACGUGAGGUGUUUGCGUCAUGGAGAGAGACAUGGGCAUAGCUCAUGAGUGUCACUAAAUGUAAUCUGUUGAGCAGGAGAUACCUGGGGUCCUUCUGGAAUGUUAUCACAGAAAGGAAUGAUGUAGAUUAUGCAUCAUAACCCAUUCACAAGCGUUUAUACCUGUAUGGAAAAGCACAUAAGUGACAGAGGUGAUGUCUCCAGAGAUCACUUAAGGUGUCUGCAACUUCUGAAUUAAUUCAUUCUGACUGUUUGAAAAUGAAGACUCACUGGUCAAUUAAAUGUCUGCAGAGUACUAACGGAAUUUGGUGUUUUACUGGGAGGCAAUUCAUGCCACAUUGGGAAUUAAAACUUCACCUCUUCUUCCUGAUCUAAUGUUUGUCUCCUGAGGAGAAGACAGACUACACUGUCAGGAUUUAAAAGGGAAAUCACAGUUUAUGUUUGUGAAAAUGUUACCUUUCCAUUGAUAUACACAUUCCCUGUAUUGAUUUUGUAGCCCAACAGGACCUCUGAAGGAGUGGUUUGUUACCCUGAUAUCAGAGUAUUAUGUGGAGGCAAAUCGAUAGUCAGGCUGACAGCCUCUCCAUCCUGCAUUGCAUUCUUUACCAUCAGGUGGGGACUGUGGGUUCUACAUGUCAUGUCAUGUGUAUGGAUUUAAUGCCAAGAGAAAUUCUUAGCAAUUAUGCUGUCUGGAAAUAAAGUUUAAAUUCAAUUCAGUUUAAUGGUGGACCCUAAGUGGUUAGAAGCUCUCAGCCUCAGAGAAAGAAUACAGUUGGAAAGGAACAGAGCUGGAAUAGUUACUCAAAGAAGACAAUCCAUUACAAAUGGCCGAAUGUUUCUGCAGGAUUACUUUAGUUGUUACUUCUUGGAAAAAGUAAUCCCACUACUCACUACCUUUCAUUUACAAUACUGUCUAAGCCAUUGAAAUGUGUGUCAACUGGAAAGCACAAGGGUGACGGCCCACAUGUUCUUUAAUUCUUAAUGAAAGCUGUUGUGGAAAAGACAACAUGAAAAAUCCCCUCCAGGAGGUAUUCUCUUGGAGCACUUUUAGUCACAGGUGUGCUAAAAAGCACCUCUGAGGGUCUUUUCUGCCCACGGCUCUCAGGCAAUUCAAUGCUUCCUCCCGACAUCCAAACUACUUAUAUACUUAACUACUUAUAUAAUUAACUUGCACUCAUGUAUUUGUACUCAUUUUCCAGUUUCAACACAAUAUACAAUUAUUUUUUUAUUUAUCAAUUGAUUGGCUAAUUUAUCCGUCCUGUGAGUGUGUAUUCAAUCAAUAUGAAUGAAGCAGCUGAAGAAGUCAAUGCACUGUUUGAUUUAGUGCUGUGCCAUUUUAAAUAAAGGAGCCUGCUGUUAUGGAACAGCUGUUGUUGGUGCCAUGGCUCAAGCUGUUUUUUUGUGUAUUUAAUCUUUAAUCUGUUUUUACUUAAAUAUAGUUUUUCAAAUGAUAUUAUUUCUGUUUUUGACUUUGUUUGGCCUUUGUAUUUUUGUAAUAUUAUAAGUUUCUUUGACAUUUUGCGGUUGCUUGUCUUCUUAAGUUUUCUUUGCACUGUUUUAGUUGUCUCCUUCAUGUGGAGCCCAAGUAAGCAGGUCUACUUAAUAAUAAAGCAUUUAUGGGGAAGCUUCAGCAUUGCAUCUAAGCUUUGAUUCCAAUUUCUUGUGAUUUUUGAUUUGUUGUGAAUCUUACAGAUUUUGACCCCUGCUCACAUUUGAAACUACUGCUUUUCAGUUCAUGAUUUAUUUUGUUUAUUUUUGUGUUGUUAAGA